CUACCAUACAUGGGAGCACUAGCAAUCCAAGGAUUCGCAGCCACAAUCCCGGUGGUAACAGUCGCGCCCACUUCGGUUGUUACUGUAACGUCUACUUACUCCGAUACGGUGACCAGCACUAUUACAGGUGUUCUCCCAGUGACGACCGUUGAGACCACAUGUACUCCUAGUAGUGUUGCUCCAGAGUCAUGUACCAAUUCGAUAUGGUCGGCGGAAGGUUCCUACUGGCAAGAAUGGUGCUCAGAUUCAUCUUUGGAAGGAGCACCAUUUAUGACCAUUCAUGGAGCAACCAGCCCUUACGAAUGCUUCGUGCUUUGUGGCAUCUAUUCGAGCUGCCAAGGUCUCAACUGGGAUGACAAUGAUGAGUGUGUGCUGCUCACAGACAUCACGUCCACAGUGGAAGUGACUUCGUCUCAUUGGGCCGCAAUUGAACGUUUUUCAACUAACCCUUGCGUCGCCACCGUAACAGGCGCUUCUACCCAGCUUUCAACCGAGACAACGGUGAUGGAACAUACAACAACUUACACAUCGACAAUUACAUUGUCGACGAGUGCUUCUGUCGCUUCCACUAGCCCUACAUCCAGUGUUGCCACAUCAACGUACAUCUCGAGUGUGUCAACAUCAACGGCUUCGACAUGCAUUGUUUCAGCUCUUCCUACCACCACAGAUUGCGUCGACGGAUACUAUGUAUACAAUGAGGAAUACUACCAAGUGCUUUGCAGCGAUACCUUGCAGGGCUAUUCAGGCUUUCUCCCUAACUCCAGACAAGCCGACAUCUGGGGCUGUAUUGAGGUCUGCUCUACCUAUUCGAACUGUAUAGGAACAUUCUGGUUUCUGGGAAUCUGUUACUCGGAAAGUGGUGCUAUCGACUAUUCCUACGUGCCUUGCGACUUCUACUGCAGUUACAACCUCUUCGACAAUCCUAUCCUCGUCGAAACUUGCGUCCUCGUCGGCCAUAUUGACUUCAUCAAGACCUAUAGACAAGUCUACGCCAGUCGUGCCAUCAGCAUCAACUGCUUCACCUUCCACUCUUUUGAGCGCCUCUCCGUCUCCUGUGACAUUGAACUGGUUUACUUCAUCGGUCCCUUUAAUACGAACUUCCCCGGUCUCAAGCUUCAGGAGCUCUCCUUCUCUCCACUCCUCUGCUGUAUACUCAACAGUCCCAGUUUCGGUCCCCUUGAAGAGCUCCUCCGCACUUAUACCAUCGUUCCUUCAUCAUCUGCGUCAUUGCCGCUUCUUUCCAAUUCUUUUAUUCCUCAAAGCUCCACCGGCAACAUUCCCCCAGUUUCCAGUCAGAGUAUCCCUACGUCAGGCCGGCGCACUACGACCAUUUAUACAACCGAGACCCGUACCUCAGUCACUACGAUAUGUCCUUUGAAGGCUACCAAAACGGCUUCCACUCUACAACCAGUUGACGUUACCUCCCCUGCCGCACCAAAGAUGACGACUUCGACUGUCUUCACCACAAAGGUGUACACUAUUACCGCCUGCCCUCCGUGGGUCUCGAACUGUCCUGCCUCAGAACAGACAUCCAGCAAUGGGGAAGUAGCUACUGAACCGCCUCAGGCCCUCACUACAUCCACUAUUUUUACUACUAAGGUGCAUACCACGGUUGGUUGUCCACAAGGAAGCCCGCAUUGCGCAGCAUCUGAGAAGACCACUUACUACACGACAGAAACAAUUGCUGCAUACACGACUAUUUGCCCAGUUGCUGCAGAGGAAACGGGCAUACAUGCCUCCGGCCAAUCGACAGCUAUCGGGGGAGGAUCUAUCGGACAGAGUAGUGAAAGACUCAGUACAUCGACUGUCUACACAACCCAUGUCUACCCGAUCACAGCUUGUCCAGCAUCUUCCACUAUCUGUGCUGAUACAGAGCGAACGACAUAUCUCACGACAGAAACUGCAGUAGCUUCAGUUACUGUCAUCACAUCAGCAGCUGUUGAAACACCUGCAGGCAAUUCAGGUGCUCCUUCUGGAGAAGAAUCCUCUGUACCCACCAUUACAGCCGUUCAUUAUACAACAGAGGUAUACACGAUCACAAAGGGAACGGAAACCCACCUCACCACGGCCAUCGUUCCGAUAACCACAACCAUGACCCCCACUGCCAGCGAAAUACCGCAAUUCUUACCUACCAGUGAAGCAAGCUCGGUAUUACUCGGACCACACAGUCCCCAGCAAGGGGUAUCGGGUGCAUCUACCAUCAGACCCAGUGCCGACGCAGACGGCCAAAUCGGGGUCAGUGCCGAGUCCCAAGGAUCAACCGGAGAGGGAUCAUCCUCACCAUCAUCCAGCAAUGAUGACUCCACUCACCCUGGCACGGCCGGUAGUCCUGGACCAUCCCCUCACGUCCCGCCAUCGACUAUUUCCAGUGUCGGAUCAGUUGCCAACAGCAGUCUUAACGUUAGCUCUUGGAGCAAUGGAUCUCAUUCUUUGGGUGUCGCGUCUCCUAGUCUCGGGCUCAAUCGCCCUACCCUUGGAAGCGUUGCUGGAAGUCACACUGCUUCUGCGUAUACGUCUGGUACAUCUACGGUUGUCUCAGCGCAAUACACCGGUUCUGCGUCCAGGAGAGCAGUAUGGACUUGGUUCCCUUUUGUGGGUAUGGUUAUAGGCUAUUUUCUGUGA